GGCUGCUGAGAGUCUAGCCAGGACCUUGAGAAGCGGCGGCGGAGGCAUCCGCGGCGUCCACAGAGGCAGCGACAGCGGUCGAGGCGGCGGUCCAACGCGUGCUCUCUGGGCGGGGUGCAGCGGGGGAUGUGCCUGCCCAGGCCGGGCGGAGUCUUUCUGACAGGGCGGGGGAUGUGCGGCGGCCGCUUGCCCGGACCCUGAGGCAGCUGGGCCCACCCUCCCGGAACCGUCCGACCCUCGCUCGCCUCGGCCUCUGCUGACUCCUCCGGCCUGACCCUGGGGCCGAGGGUGGGAGGCAGCUUCCGCCUUAGAGGAGGGGGCUGUGGUGGCCACCGCGGCGGAGCCCGAGGUCUUUUGCCACGAAAAUGGUUUGCACAAUCUUGAACACGUACUAUCCAUGCUGAUGGGAUAGGAUCCAAUAUGAAUAUAAAUGAUGGAGGAAGACGACGCUUUGAAGAUAAUGAGCACACAUUACAUAUAUAUCCUGGGAAAAUUUCAGAAGGGACAAUCUACUGUCCAAUUCCUGCCAGAAAAAAUUCCACAGCUGCUGAGGUGAUUGACUCUCUUAUAAACAAACUUCGUCUUGACAAAACAAAAUGUUACGUUCUAGCAGAGGUAAAGGAAUUUGGUGGAGAAGAAUGGAUACUCAAUCCAACAGACUGUCCAGUUCAACGAAUGAUGUUGUGGCCCCGAAUGGCUCUGGAAAAUCGCGUGAGUGGCGAGGACUACCGCUUUCUUCUGAGAGAAAAAAACCUUGAUGGGUCAAUCCAUUACGGUAGUCUUCAGUCAUGGCUGCAGGUCACAGAAGAACGGCGCAGGAUGAUGGAACGGGGUUUUCUUCCACAGCCCCAGCAGAAAGACUUUGAUGAUUUAUGUAGCUUACCCGAUUUGAAUGAGAAAACUCUCUUAGAAAACCUACGAAGUCGCUUCAAGCAUGAAAAAAUUUAUACCUAUGUUGGCAGUAUUCUCAUAGUUAUUAACCCAUUCAAGUUUCUUCCUAUUUAUAACCCUAUAUAUGUCAAAAUGUAUGAUAACCACCAGUUGGGAAAACUUGAGCCCCACAUUUAUGCUGUGGCUGAUGUGGCUUAUCACGCCAUGCUUCAGCGCAAAAAGAAUCAGUGCAUCGUGAUUUCGGGAGAGAGUGGUUCUGGGAAGACUCAAAGCACAAACUUUCUUAUUCACCACCUUACUGCUCUCAGUCAGAAAGGAUUUGCCAGUGGUGUGGAACAAAUUAUUCUUGGAGCUGGACCAGUACUUGAGGCCUUUGGAAAUGCAAAGACAGCUCAUAAUAACAAUUCAAGUCGUUUUGGCAAGUUUAUUCAAGUAAAUUACCAAGAAACAGGCACUGUACUUGGUGCCUAUGUUGAAAAAUAUCUACUGGAGAAGUCCAGGCUCGUUUAUCAGGAACAUAAUGAACGGAACUAUCAUGUAUUCUAUUACCUCCUGGCAGGAGCAAGUGAAGAAGAGAGAUUAGCAUUCCAUCUUAAACAACCAGAAGAAUAUCAUUAUCUCAAUCAGAUAACAAAGAAACCCCUCAGACAGAGCUGGGAUGAUUAUUGCUAUGACUCUGAGCCGGAUUGCUUCACAGUGGAGGGGGAAGAUUUGAGGCAUGACUUUGAACGCUUACAACUGGCCAUGGAAAUGGUAGGAUUUCUUCCCAAGACACGAAGACAGAUUUUCUCUCUUCUCUCAGCAAUACUACAUUUGGGUAAUAUCUGUUAUAAAAAGAAGACAUACCGGGAUGACUCCAUAGAUAUCUGUAAUCCUGAAGUUCUGCCUAUUGUCUCAGAAUUAUUAGAAUAUUUUAGUCAGAUUAUUGUCAAUUUCACUUGUACUCCUAACCCUUUUCUUUUUUUUUCUUUUCUUCAGGCUGUGACAGUGAGGAACUCCAUGGCCAAGUCUUUAUAUAGUGCCCUAUUUGACUGGAUAGUUUUUCGGAUUAAUCAUGCACUUCUGAAUAGUAAAGAUUUGGAGCAAAAUAGCAAGACUUUGUCCAUUGGUGUUCUUGAUAUUUUUGGGUUUGAAGAUUAUGAAAAUAACAGCUUCGAACAGUUCUGUAUUAAUUUUGCUAAUGAACGUUUACAACACUACUUUAAUCAGCAUAUUUUUAAAUUGGAGCAAGAGGAAUAUAGAACUGAAGGUAUCAGCUGGCACAAUAUAGAUUAUAUCGAUAACACCUGUUGCAUUAAUCUUAUUAGCAAGAAACCAACAGGACUGCUCCAUCUUCUCGAUGAAGAAAGCAACUUUCCACAGGCUACAAAUCAAACAUUGUUAGACAAAUUUAAGCAUCAACAUGAAGAGAAUUCUUACAUUGAAUUUCCAGCUGUGAUGGAGCCUGCUUUCAUCAUAAAGCAUUAUGCCGGGAAAGUAAAGUACGGGGUAAAGGAUUUCCGGGAAAAAAAUACAGAUCAUAUGCGCCCUGACAUUGUAGCGCUUCUGAGAAGUAGCAAGAAUGCAUUUCUCUCUGGGAUGAUUGGAAUUGAUCCUGUUGCUGUUUUCCGAUGGGCAGUUCUCCGAGCUUUUUUCAGAGCCACAGUUGCUUUUAGGGACGCUGGGAAAAGGCACAUUCAGAGAAAAACUGGACAUGAUGAUACAGCGCCAUGUGCAAUUUUGAAAAGUAUGGAUAGUUUUAGCUUUCUCCAACACCCAGUCCACCAGAGGAGCUUAGAGAUUCUGCAGAGGUGCAAGGAAGAGAAGUACAGUAUAACCCGGAAAAAUCCCAGGACUCCUCUUUCUGAUCUCCAGGGCAUGAAUACUCUAAAUGAAAAGCACCAACAUGAUGCAUUUGAUAUUUCCUGGAAUGGCAGAACUGGGAUUCGCCCGAGCAGACUAUCAAGUAGCACCUCCUUGCUUGACAAAGAUGGUAUAUUUGCUAAUUCAGCUAGCAGCAAACUCUUGGAAAGAGCCCAUGGAAUACUCACGAGAAACAAAAACUUGAAAUCCAAGCCUGGCCUUCCAAAGCACUUAUUAGAGGUAAAUUCUUUAAAGCACCUGACAAGACUGACCCUACAGGAUCGCAUUACCAAGUCGCUUCUUCAUUUGCACAAGAAGAAGAAACCUCCCAGCAUCAGUGCCCAGUUUCAGGCCUCAUUAAACAAGCUGAUGGAGACACUCGGUCAGGCAGAACCAUAUUUUGUCAAAUGUAUUCGCUCUAACGCAGAAAAGCUACCUUUGAGGUUCAGUGAUGCCUUGGUGCUUCGACAGCUUCGGUACACCGGGAUGCUGGAGACAGUGCGAAUUCGCCAGUCAGGAUACAGUUGCAAAUACUCUUUCCAGGAUUUUGUGAGCCACUUCCAUGUACUUCUUCCUCGAAAUAUUAUUCCAUCCAAAUUGAACAUUCACAAUUUCUUCAGGAAAAUAAAUCUUAAUCCAAAUAAUUACCAAGUUGGAAAAUCCAUGGUAUUCCUGAAAGAGCAGGAGCGGCAGCACUUGCAGGACCUGCUUCACCAGGAGGUGCUCCGCAGAAUCGUGCUGUUGCAGCGAUGGUUCCGGGCCCUGCUGUGCAGGCAGCACUUUCUCCGCCUGAGACAGGCGUCUGUUAUUAUCCAGCAAUUCUGGAGGAAUUACCAGAAGCGAGUCAGACAUGCAUCUGUGCAGCAGGAUGCUUUGGUUAAGACCAGUGCAGCUACUCUUCUCCAAGCUUCCUGGCGUGCUCAUGUAGAGAGGCAGCGGUAUUGGGAGCUGCGGACUGCAGCCAUCAUCAUUCAGCAGAGAUGGAGGGAGCACUGUAGGCGGAGGCACAUGGCUGCCAUCUGCAUACAGGCAAGAUGGAAAAGCUACAGGGAAAGUAAGAGGUAUCAAGAGCAAAGAAACAAAAUUAUCUUUUUGCAGUCAAUAUGUAGAGGAUUCAGAGCAAGACAAAGAUUUAAAGCUUUAAAAGAACAAAGACUAAAAGAAACAAAACUAGAACUUGGGUUGAUGAAUACUGAGCCCUAUGGAGCUCUGAAAAUUCAGGGUUCAGACCCAUCAGAAUGGGAGGACUGUUCCUUUGACAACAGAGUAAAAGCCAUAGAGGAAUGUAAAUCUGUGGUAGAGAGUAAUCGAAUUAGUUCAGUGGACUGCGUGAAGGACUCCCCAAAAAAGCGACAGGAGAGAGCCAGGAGCCACAGUGGUGUGGACUUGCAGGAAGAUGUGAUUGUAAGAGAGAGACCCAAGUCCUUGGAGGAUCUCCACCAGAAGAAAGUAGGCCGGGCCAAAAGAGAAAGUCGGAGAAUGAGAGAACUAGAACAAGCUAUAUUUAGCUUGGAACUGCUGAAAGUCCGUUCUCUUGGUGGUGUGUCUCCUUCAGAAGAACGUAGGUGGUCUACAGAACUGAUGCCCGAGGGCCUUCAGUCUCUGCAAGGUACACCUGACAGUGAAAGCUCUCAAGGAAGCUUGGAACUUUUGAGCUGUGAGGAAAGCCAAACGAGCAAACGAGAGUCCUUAAUUUUGGGUGAAGGAGACUUGCAGUUUCUGUCCCCUAAGACAUCUAGCAGUCCAAAACCUGAUUCACAGGGCAGUGCCCUCAGUGCCUCACGUGAGACUGACUAUUUACUGAUUCCAAAGGGGGCACCCUCGGACUCAGUGCACUUGAAGAAUGGGACUGCAAAGGAAAACCAGGUCUGCAGCUCUGAAUCUAUUUCAUGUAAGCCGCAGCUGAGAGAUUCCUUUAUUUCAAAUAGCCUGCCUACAUUUUUUUAUAUUCCCCAACAAGACCCACUGAAAACUAAUUCCCGACUAGACACAAGUAUCCAGAGAAACAAACUAACGGAAAGUGAAGAAACCCUUCCAGCUCUUACUUUGGAUAGCAACAGGGAAGCCAGAAAGUAUCAUUUUUCAGGAGAAAAUCAAGGUGUUGCUUCUUUGAAUACAGAUUCUUCUAAUACUGUGCUGAAGAAGUUAGAAAAGCUAAACACUGAGAAGGAAGUAAGGCAAAAGCAGUUGCAGCGGCAGAAUGAAAAAGACAUGAUGGAACAGAUUCGUCAGCAAACAGAUAUUUUAGAGAGGGAGCGUAAAGCCUUCAAGACAAUUGAAAAGCCAAGAAGUGGGGAGUCUUUCACGGUAACAUCUUUCCAUCAAUCAAAGCAAAGAGUAGAGAGGCCAUCCUCUGCCAUCCUGAAUAAAGAACCCAGUGUACCAGGGCCUCCAUCAGUAACUGUAAAAGAUGCAGCUCUUGCUCCAAAAGACAGCCCCUCUGUUCACUUACCCCCAAGAAACCGACCCGUCACCCUGUUCUUUGAAAGAAAAGGAGGCCCAUGCCAGUCUAGUACUGUCAGUGAACUAUCCAAGACAGACAGAAUGCGCACCCAAGCGAAUGUAACCUGUAAACUCUCUAAUAAUCGCAUUUCAAAAAGAGAACAAUUUAGGCCAACUCAGUCUUAUGGCCACACAACUAAUGACUCUUCCAGAGAUGGAACCACUAGGGCCAUUUUCUUCACGCCAAAGGAAAAUAUGAGUAUUUCCCUUGUCAACAAGGAAUCCUUAAACAGUGGAAAUUCUCAACUCCAUAAACAAGAUGAACCAACCUGGAAACCUAUGAAAUUAACGGGGCCGGGCCAAGGACAGACAUCGCAGCGAUUUUCUUCAGUUGACGAAGAAGCAAAGCUUCAUAAGACUAUGUCUCAAGGAGAGAUUACGAAGUUGGCAGUGAGACAGAAGGCUUCAGAUUCGGAUAUAAGGCCUCAGAGAGCUAGGAUGAGAUUCUGGGCCAAAGGGAAACAAGGGGAGAAGAAGACUACCAGAGUGAAACCUGCCACCCAGUCGGAGGCUUCGGCACUCUUUCCUGGUUCAGAUACGAUUCCAACUCAUCCAUUUCCAGAUGAAUCAGCGCAUCUUCACCCAACACCUCCUUUGAGCCCAGAGCUGCCUGGCAGUUGCCAGAAGGAGUUCAAGGAGAACAAGGAGCCUUCCCCAAAGGCAAAGCGCAGGCGCAGUGUGAAGAUCAGCAGCGUGGCCUUGGAGUCCGUUCACCAGCAGAAUGAUUCUGUUCAGAUCAUAGCAAGUGCCAGUGACUUAAAAAGCAUGGAUGAGUUUCUUCUGAAAAAGAUGAACGACCUAGAUAAUGAAGACAGCAAAAAAGACACACUAGUGGAUGUAGUAUUUAAAAAAGCCCUGAAAGAAUUUCGGCAGAAUAUCUUCAGCUUUUAUUCGUCUGCAUUGGCGAUAGAUGAUGGGAAAAGCAUACGGUAUAAAGACCUCUACGCACUAUUUGAGCAGAUUCUGGAAAAGACCAUGAGGCUUGAACAACGUGAUUGGAAUGAAUCUCCAGUCAGAGUUUGGGUCAACACUUUUAAAGUGUUUUUAGAUGAAUAUAUGAACGAAUUUAAGACUUUGGAUUAUAUACCCACAAAGGUGCCAAAAACAGAAAGAAAGAAAAGAAGGAAAAAAGAAACUGAUUUAGUGGAAGAGCACAAUGGUCACAUCUUCAAGGCCACUCAGUACAGCAUUCCUACAUACUGCGAGUAUUGUUCUUCUUUGAUAUGGAUAAUGGACCGAGCCUCUGUUUGCAAAUUAUGCAAGUAUGCUUGCCAUAAGAAGUGCUGUAUGAAAACCACAGCCAAGUGCUCUAAAAAGUAUGAUCCAGAGUUAUCAUCUCGACAAUUUGGGGUUGAAUUGUCCCGUUUGACCAGUGAAGACCGAACUGUUCCUUUAGUGGUGGAAAAGCUCAUAAACUACAUUGAAAUGCAUGGCCUGUACACAGAGGGUAUCUACCGAAAGUCUGGUUCAACUAAUAAAAUCAAGGAGCUUCGACAAGGUCUAGAUACAGAUGCUGAGAAUGUAAACCUGGAUGACUAUAACAUACACGUCAUUGCAAGUGUAUUCAAACAAUGGCUUCGUGAUUUGCCCAAUCCACUCAUGACCUUUGAACUCUACGAGGAAUUUCUUCGAGCUAUGGGUCUUCAGGAGAGGAAGGAGACAAUCCGUGGUGUGUACUCUGUGAUUGAUCAGCUCUCCCGAACGCAUCUCAAUACACUGGAACGCCUCAUCUUUCAUCUGGUCAGGAUUGCUCUGCAAGAAGACACUAAUCGGAUGUCGGCUAAUGCUUUGGCCAUUGUGUUUGCUCCCUGUAUCCUCCGCUGCCCUGACACCACUGACCCACUACAAAGCGUGCAGGACAUCAGUAAGACGACCACCUGUGUGGAGCUGAUUGUUGUGGAACAAAUGAAUAAAUACAAAGCUCGUCUCAAAGACAUCAGUAGCCUGGAAUUUGCUGAGAAUAAGGCCAAGACCAGACUGUCACUGAUUCGCAGAUCAAUGGGAAAGGGGCGUCCUCGUCGUGGAAACUAUCCAGGCCCAUCCUCCCCUGUUGUAGUUCAGUUGCCUUCUGUGUCUGAUGUCCCAGAAGAGACGCUAACUGGUGAGGCGGCCAUGGAGACUGACAUCACAGAGCAACAGCAGGCAGCUAUGCAGCAGGAGGAAAGGGUGCUGACGGAGCAGAUCGAGAGCCUGCAGAAGGAGAAGGAGGAACUAACAUUUGAGAUGCUUGUCCUGGAACCCCGUGCCUCUGAUGAUGAAACGCUUGAGUCUGAGGCCUCCAUUGGGACUGCUGACAGCUCAGAAAAUUUGAACAUUGAGUCUGAAGGUGCCAUCUCUGAGAAAUCAGAGAGAAGCUUAGCCCUUAGCUCCCUGAAGGCAGCUGGCAAGUCUGAACCUUCUAGCAAGUUCCGAAAGCAGCUAAAAAAGCAGCAUGACUCUCUGGAUUCGGUGGACUCUUCAGCCUCUUCUUUAUGUUCAUCUAACACUGCAUCUUCUCACGCGACCAGAAAACGAUUUCAGAUUUAUUCCAAAUCUCCAUUCUACCGAGCUGUCUCAGCUGGUGAGGCCCUGGGAGUGGAAGGGCCGCUGGGCCAGACCAAAUCCGUGGAAGACAGGCCUCAGUUCAUCAGCAGAGGAACCUUCAACCCUGAAAAGGGCAAGCAGAAAUUAAAGAAUGUGAAAAACUCACCUCAGAAAACCAAAGAGACCCCAGAGGGAACCGCCAUGUCUGGCCGCAGGAAAGCUGUGGACCCAGACUGCAGCUCCACCCAACAGCUAACUCUCUUUGGAAAUAAUGAGUUUAUGGUCUGAACUGGCAGAUGUGUGUUCUUUCAUGGCUGCAGAGUGGUGAACACAUCUCAUCUGGGGGCCUCUUCUGAUCACCUUGUCCAUGGUCGUCCAUCCUAGGUGUGGUCCUGCCUCGUGCCCACAGAACUGAGACUUAGUGUGCUGAAUUCGUUGGCCUCCCGCCAAAAUGGAAAGGCCCCUCUAAGCCUGCGGGGGUGGUGCCAGCUGUGCCUUGGCUGCUGUACUGGACUAGAGAUUUCACUAAACAAACCACCGAGGGCCUGGAGCUUUGGGUCAGUGGUGGAGGUCCCCUCUCUGUGGUCGCCUCUUCCAUCCUCUUUUCCCUUCCCAGAGGUGGGUGUGGGCCUGGGGGACCCGCUGAUUUCUGACAUUUGAAGAAAACAUAUAAAUCUUCCUUAACCGUGAAAGCAAAAGCCUUUGGGUUUAUUUUGGGAUAGUUAGGAGCUGGGGUAGAAUAUACUUUUUUUCCAAGGAUUUAUAAACAAAAUGCCUAAGCCCUCUAUUUUAAGAUUUUUGAAAAAACUUCAUGUUAUAUUCUGGGGAAAGUAAAAAAGCAAUUGUUUCCAUUAAGCCAUCAGAGAACGUCUCAGACACCUGGUUACACAUGAAGAAGCGAGUACAUGUUUUGUUUUUUGGUGAUGUUUGAUGUAAUAAUAAUCAGCGCUGGUUUAACUCCUGGUUACUUCCUGCCAAAUA